UAGAGAACAUUGUGUCGAGGAGGAUCCGGUCGGUGCGUGUCAGCAAAAAGAGAGAGAGAGAGUGGGGAGAGAGAGAGGGAGAGAGAGUAAGAGGGAGAGAGAGAGAGAUCCUCCUUGGCACACACCCGUCAGUGUGGCAGUGUGAUUUUGACUGACCGGCUGGCUGAGUGACGGGGGAUUCUGGAGGAAACACACAGGGAAAGGACGACUCACAUUAUCCUGUUUUCUUUUUUCCCCCUUCGUUGCUGCCUAUAGCUGGUGUUACGGCAGAUGGUUUUCUAGCCGCGCAGCCAGUAUCACCUCAGCAUCGGAUUUUACUUCAGCCUGUUUCUCCUCUCCUUGAUUGGCUGUACCGGGGCUGAUCCCAGCCAACCUGGGCCGGGCAGUGGGGCUGUUCAGCGAGCCUUAUAGCUGAAGUUGGCACCCGAGAUGAGCGUCUUGAGACUCGGGAGCGGGGUUCUCUCCUCGCCAGGGACAGGGUCUGGGUCGUGGCGAUGCUGCUGGUGGUGGGUUGUGGUAGUCGGGUUGGCAGUGGGUGCAGGAGAUCCAUGGAUGUCAGCGGAGGCUUGUCCAUUGUUUUGCUCCUGCAGCAGUACCAGGAUCUCCUGCGUGGACCCAGAGCGGGGUAUCAAUGCUUUCCCCGUCCUGCAGACCGAGGCGGAGAUGGAGAACAUCACCGACAUUUACAUCGCCAACCAGAGCAGCUUCUCCUCCAUCAACGACAAAGACCUGCACUACUACAAGAAUCUCAGGAACCUCACGGUGACCAACAGCAGGCUAACAUAUGUGACGAAGCUGGCUUUUCAAAACAACCUCAAAUUACAGUAUCUGAAUCUGAAAGAUAACAACCUGUCAUCACUGUCCUGGAGGAUAUUCAGACACCUCAACAUCUCUUAUCUGAUCCUGUCAGGGAACCCUCUACACUGCUCCUGUGAGAACAUGUGGAUAAAACUGUUCUUAGGAGAAGAUGCAGACAAUCAGGAGCUGCUCUGCAUUGAGGAUGGAGGAGGACGCAAGCCGCUGUCCAGACUGACACUACCUAACUGUGAGGUUCCCAUGGCAACAUUGAGCCCAUCCAAAGUGACAUUAAUGGAAGGGGAGAGAGUGGACCUGUCCUGUAUGACCUCCGGGGUGCCGUCACCUGAGCCGAUAUGGGACACGGCAUUGGUGUCCAACUAUGAGAUUCAGGCAUCAGGCCAGACCUCGUUGCUGCGGCUUUGGAAUGUGACAUCGCUGGACCACAACAGCAAGAUCAGCUGCAGAGCUGAAAACAUUGUUGGAGAGAAGGAGUCAUCGCUGCUGCUGGAUAUACUUUUUCCCCCCAAAAUCACUAAACUGAGCGAUGCAAUCCCAGACCAUCACUGGUGCAUCCCCUUCAGUGUGUCGGGAAACCCAGAGCCGCAGCUACAAUGGUUUCUGGAUGGUAAGGUGGUGAAGGAGGGGCUCUACAUCAUGACCAUGAUCCAUGAUGUCACAGAGAGAGAGUACCACGGCUGCCUGCAGCUGGACAGCCCCACGCACCUCAACAAUGGGCGCUACACACUCUUAGCUACAAACAAAUUUGGGUCAGACCAAAAGGAGGUGGACGCUCACUUCAUGCACAAGCCCUGGGAUGGAACUGAGAAGGAGCCUUACUAUUAUGAUCUAACCACAGAGGGCCCUCCAGUGGAGCCACCUGAAGACAGAGUUGCUGUGUACGUGGUUGUGGGCAUUGCUGCUGUGGCCUUCACCGGUUUCCUCUUAAUGUUGGUUAUUCUCAAGUUUGGAGGAAACUCCAAAUUUGGCAUCAAAGGACCAUCUUCUGUGAUCAGCAACGACGAUGACUCAGCCUCUCCUCUUCACCACGUCUCCAAUGGCAGCAACACACCUUCAUCUUCAGAGAUGGGUCCUGAUGCGGUUAUCAUCGGCAUGACCAAGAUCCCUGUGAUAGAAAACCCUCAGUACUUCAGGAGCACAAACAGCCUCCUGAAAACUGACACAUUCGUCCAGCAUAUUAAGAGACACAACAUUGUGCUGAAGAGAGAGCUGGGAGAGGGAGCCUUUGGAAAAGUCUUCCUGGCCGAGUGUUACAACCUCUCACCUGACCAGGAGAAGAUACUGGUGGCUGUCAAGACACUUAAAGAGGCCAGUGAAAAUGCCAGGAAGGAUUUCCACCGCGAGGCCGAGCUGUUGACGAACCUUCAACAUGAACACAUUGUCACUUUCUAUGGAGUCUGCGUGGAAAGCGACCCUCUCAUCAUGGUGUUUGAGUAUAUGAAACAUGGAGACCUCAACAAGUUUCUCAGGGCUCACGGUCCAGAUGCAGUUCUGAUGGCAGAGGGCCAGACCACCAGACCUGUAGAGCUGACCCAGUCUCAGAUGCUGCACAUUGCCCAGCAGAUAGCAUCUGGCAUGGUCUACCUGGCAUCACAGCACUUUGUGCACCGCGACCUGGCCACCAGGAACUGCCUGGUCGGUGAGAACCUGCUGGUAAAGAUCGGAGACUUUGGCAUGUCCAGAGACGUCUACAGUACUGACUACUACAGGGUCGGAGGUCACACCAUGCUGCCAAUUCGUUGGAUGCCGCCUGAAAGCAUCAUGUACAGAAAGUUCACCACAGAGAGCGAUGUUUGGAGUCUGGGGGUUGUUCUCUGGGAGAUCUUCACCUAUGGAAAACAGCCUUGGUACCAGCUCUCCAACAAUGAGGUGAUAGAAUGCAUAACCCAGGGCAGGGUGCUACAGCGCCCCAGGACCUGUCCUAAAGAAGUGUAUGACCUGAUGCUGGGCUGCUGGCAGAGAGAGCCACACAUGAGACUCAACAUCAAGGAAAUCCACGGCCUGCUCCUUAACCUGGCCAAGGCCUCACCUGUAUACCUGGAUAUACUGGGCUGAACACAGGAGGAGGACGGGAGAGGAGAGUUUUGGUUGUGUGUCUGUGCGUAUGGGUGGGCACUGUAAGUGUGUAUGUGCAUUUGAGGUUGCAUGCAUGCGUCUGUGCGUGUGUGUGUGUGUGUGUGUGUGUUUUAGGGUGUACAUGGUGAUGCUUGUGCAAGUGUGUACGUGUGCAAGGUGCUGCUGUACAGGAUGUGAAGCUAUUAUCAAACUCUUAAAGGCAAUCAAAAAAAAAAAAAGAAAAAAAAGUCCUCAACCCAUCCCCACUCGUCUCUUUCCUUCCUUCCUUCCUGCCAGUUUCCUCUUCUUUGUGCAUCUCUACCCAUUCCCUCCUUCUUCCUUCCCGGAGAGACAUUUACUUAGCAUAAUUUCACUUUGAGGGAGAAAAAAAAAAAAAGCUUCUGACUUCUUUUCAAAUGCUUUAAACUGACUGGGGCUAAAUUGAUGAAACCUGAUUAACAGGACUUAAAAUUUAGUGACUCAUUCCUCGCUGCCUGUCGGACAACAGGACUCAUUUGAGCAUCCGGAAAUUUCGAGGAGGCGCAGCAUGGAGGAGGAUUUCCGGAAGCUUCGAUUCUUUGUGUGUAAAUAUGAGACUGUACGAUGAUGAGAAGUUUCAGAGGAAAUGGCUCUGUGCAAUGUGGAGCCAUAAAGACACUGUGUUUCUCCCUUUCGCCUUGUCUGUUUGUUUGUCUUUCUGUCCGUCUCUCUCCAAACUGUACACGAGUAUUAAUGUCAGCAUUUAUCCAACAAUGCCUGUGGAAAAAGACAAUACGCAGGUAAAAAUACACACACUGGUAUACAUACGGUAGAUUAACAGGAACAGAAUGUCGAAAAAGUAAACUUGGUCUGGUUUUCUGUCUGUCAGAUGACUUCUCUAAUUUCACUGAUAAAAAAGGACUAAAAAUGACUAAACAUAUAGUGCCUGCUGAAGCUGAAAUGAACUGCUGGUGAUGAAAAAAUACUUAAUGAGGAAGGCUGAGGUAUUCUACUAUACUGUAAUUGUGAAUG